AUGCUAAAGAUGUUUCAUUUAAUUUUUUAAAAUGUAUCAGACUAGGAUGAAUAUUUAUAAGGUCGUGAAUUAAUGAUCAAAUUAGAACUGUUAUAAUAUUCGAAUAAUAUAAAUUUAGAGAAAUAAUUGAAUUUUGGGAUUAAGGAAUUUAAAAUAAUAAAGAGUUUAAAAUAUAUUACAUUUAGAAAGGUAAUUUUCUACAUCAUCUAUAUUCAAAGCUAACUCUAUUAAAAGUUUUUAAUAAAAAUGAUUGCUCAUUCUAUUUAGAAAAAAGUAAAUUUCAUUUCAGAUAUCUUAGUGUAAGCUUUAGAAAAAUUCGAAGAAUUUUAAGAAAUAUUGGCAUCAUUAAGAUCAAUUGCUAUAUGCAGAAAAAAGGUAAUCUUUAGAUGCAUAUGAUUAGGCGAAUCUUAUAAUAUUAAAAGAAGAAAAUAACUAUAGAAAAAGGGAAAAGAUCAAGAAAUAAUAGAUAAUUAUGA